UCCUCCACCCUGCAUUGCAGUGCUCAAAACCGAACAGUCGCCAUUCAAAUUCACACAGUCGCCAGAACAAGAACAGCUUUCAACCGGACAUAAACAGCGCAGUCAUGCUGUACCUCGCUUUGUUUUUCAUCUCGGCAGCCGUCGCCACCCCUCUGUUGGGGACUGAACAGUGUGCCCGUGGUCCUCCCUACUGGUGCCACAAUGUGAAGACUGCCUCUAUCUGUGGCGCCGUGGUCCACUGCCAACAGAACGUAUGGAACCAACCCCAGAUGAAAUCUGUGCCGUGUGACCUGUGUAAGGAGGUGUUGAUUGUGGUGGAUCAGCUGCUGAAAGACAACGCUACUGAGGGUGAGAUCCUGGGCUACCUGGAGAAGGCCUGUGCCUUGGUUCCUGACAAGAAUCUGUCUGCAGAGUGUAAGGAGCUGGUAGACAGCUACUACCCUAUCCUUAUGGGUAUCAUCACUGGAGAACUGGAGGAUCCUCAGGUGGCUUGUGGUGCCAUGGGGCUGUGUGACUCCCAGCAGGCAGCUCUGGCCAGGCUGGCUAAGCUCAAGUCCAACCAGAUCCCCCAGCUCACGUCCAAUGAGAUCCCCCAGGUAGACCUAGCCCAGAGGGUCGCCCCCUUCCUCCUCAACGUCCCUGGGCUCCUCUACCCUCAGGCGCAGGAUAACACCAAGCAGGAACCUGCCGCGGCACAGGAGACUGGAGAUGUGUGUGAGGACUGUGUGAAGUUCAUCACAGACACUCAGGAGGAGGCGAAGAGCAACUCUACUUUUGUCAACUCUCUGAUCGAGCAGAUCCAGGACCAGUGUGACCUGCUGGGGCCUGGUAUCUCUGACCUGUGCAAGCAGUACGUCAGCCAGUACGCCCCUCUUAUCGUCCAGCAGCUGAUGUCCAUGGAACAGCAACCCAAGGAUGUCUGUACCUUUGCUGGCUUCUGCUCUGCUGAUGUGAAGAGUUCUGUCCCCAUGAUGAAGCUGGUAGCUGCCAAAACCAUCCCCGCUGUCAAACUGGUUCCUGCCAUUAAGAUGGAGGCUGUCAAGCCUGCCACGAACAUGGUGCGUGCCCGUGACUCCCCUCAAUGUGCCAUGUGUGAGUUCAUGAUGAAGGAGUUGGAGAGCAUGCUGCAGGAUGAGAAAACGGAGCAAGAUGUGGUGCGUGCUGUGGAGAAGGUGUGCGCUGUGCUGCCCUCCUCCCUGUCGGUCCAGUGUAAGGACCUGAUUGAGGCCUACGGCCAGGCCAUCAUUGAGCUGCUGGUGCAGGAGGCUGACCCGAAGACUAUCUGCACCGUGUUGGGACUCUGCAAGGACGCCAGCCGCGCCUUCAUCCCGGUGCUGAACAUGGCCCGGGUGGAGGCGGGUGGGUUCUGUGAGGUGUGUAAGUUGGCUGUGCAGUACAUCGACGGUAUCCUGGAACAGAACGCCACAGAGGCACAGAUCGAAGACGCAGUCAGGAAAGUCUGCAGCUUUGUCCCGGAGACCGUGAGGAGCGAGUGUGACCAGCUGGUUGAGCAGUAUGAGCCCAUGCUGGUUCAGCUCCUCCUGCAGAUGUUGGACCCUGACUUUGUCUGCAUGAAGUUGGGGGUCUGUCCUGAGGCAGUGCAAAGGCUUCUGGGUAUGGAGCAGUGUAGCUGGGGACCCGCCUUCUGGUGCAAGGACAUGGACUCCGCGAAACGCUGCAACGCGGUGGCACACUGCAGGCGUCACGUGUGGGAAUAGAGUGGUGGAGAAGAAGACCUCCCUAAACGUUCGGACCCUUUAGGAAAUUAAGGAGAAACACUAGCGCUGCUUAAGUUUUAAAUCAAUAAAUAAAACCUUUUUUUUUUUUUUUAACAUGUGGAAUUUAAUGGUUUUUUGCUGUCGUCUAAAUGAAUUUACCAGGUUUGAGAGAAGGGAGUGGACGUCUUUUCAGUUAAUGUGGGGGAAGAGGUGGUAUUGGGGCUUCGAGAGGGAAUCUACCUACCUGACUGUUUAGUUACAGGGACAAACCUCCAAACCGAUACUGUACUGAUUAUUUUACUAUUCCUGGGUUUGUGUAAAGCUCUCAUUAGAUUUUCACAUGUUUAAGCCUUGUCCUGGACUGAAACGCACGGAUUGCUUCCUUAGUUCAAGAAACUGGCCCAUUUCAAGUAUGUGAAGCAGAUGGGUGAGAAGAUAAAUACUGCUGUGUCUGUGUGAAAGAGUGCUUGGAUUCUUCCAGUUGAGUCUUAGUGGGUCCUUUUGCCCUCUAGCCUACUCGUUGCCCUACCUACCAACAUCCCUCUAGCCUACUCGUUGCCCUACCUACCAACAUCCCUCUAGCCUACUCGUUGCCCUACCUA